UCAGAAAGGCAGUACAGACACAGAGUCUCAAAAACAGACAAGUAAGCUAGACAGGCUAGUGGCUGCCAGAUAAACAAGUACAGAUAGGUAGGAAAACGAGCGGACGGAGAAGGAUAUUGGGCUAUACAAAUAAAAUUGAUUUGACUUGACUGACAUGGCCAGUCUGGAUGUCACAGAGACCUUUCAUGGCAUUGCUUACCCUGGACACCUGUGCACCAAGGAGACCUUGCAGAAUGCUCUCAGAUUCCCAUUCCAGGACACGGACAUACUCAUCGCCACAUACCCCAAGUCAGGGACCACAUGGAUUCAGGAGAUUGUAACUCUAGUGUGCAACAGAGGCGACCCUCACUUGUCCCAAACUGUUGAAAACUGGGCAAGGGCACCAUGGCUGGAGCAUUUCUAUGCUCCAGCCUUACUGGAGACCUCCUCCCAGUGCCCCAGAAUCCUCACCACUCACCUGCCCUACCAUCUGAUGGCGUCCGCACUGCAGGGCUCCAAAGCCAAGGUGAUCUACGUGAGCAGAAACCCCAAAGACGUGGCGGUGUCCUUCUACCACUAUCACAAGCUCGCCAAGUUUCUUCCAGAGCCUGGCUCAUUUCAAGAUUUUCUAAAUGCGUUUCUGGACGGAACGUUGAAUUUUGGCUCCUGGUUUGACCAUGUAAAAGGAUGGAUUUGCCCGACUGUGGCUGUGGACAAUUUACUUCACAUAACCUACGAAGAAAUGAAACUGGACCUUCGUUCCUCCAUAGAGAGGGUAAGCUCUCUUUUGCAAUGCCCCCUGGUGGAGGAGGAAAUGAACAGCUGCCUGAAACACUGCAGCUUCGACAGCAUGAAAAACAACAGGAUGGUGAACUAUACUUCCGUUGCCCCGGAAAUUAUGGAUCACACCAAGGGCAGUUUUAUGAGAAAAGGUAAGGCUGGUGACUGGAAAAACCUCUUCACAGAUGAACAGAGUCGUCAUUUCGAUAGCAUCUUCAGAUCCAGGAUGCAGGAUUGUUCCCUUAACUUUGUUUGGGAGGCGCCCACUGAGGAUGAAGACUAGGAUCCGCUCAGUUCACCAAAUCAGCCUGAGGUGCUGAGCGCCCCUGCAAGUGCAUUCAGCUUCAUCACACGCCGUUUGCAUCGUGUGGGCCGUGGCAUAUACAAAAUUACCUUCGUUUUUGUGUAUCAGUGAAUUUGUGUGCUAUGUGCGAUCAAGUAUAGUCUCCAAUUCAAGUUUCUGUUCAGUUUGCAGGGUAAAGGUGUGGCAAAAACUAUCAGCUUUUGUUCCUUGCUGGAGUCAACCAGGUUAUUGCUAGAUGCAUAGGGGACGGGAAAAUAAACCCAAACUGAAUAUUCAUCAAUGUUUUCACUAAAUAACGAUAUGAAUAAAUGUCUAUUAAACUGAUUUUUUUGUAUGGGUAGUCCACCACCCUGCACCUGCUCCCGCUAUGGUGCAGGGUGGUGCAUUGAGUAAGAAGACCUCGUUAAACUUCAAGGGCUGCAGCUCAACACUUUCAUGAACUUCCCCCCUGCUGGUGGUGAUAGUGGUGGCGGGCAGCUGCUCUCACUCCAUUUCACAGAUCACAGUAUACUUCCUCCAGUUUCCAUUGUUCCAGCUGCACUAUGGGACAGCCACCUGGACUGUUUUGAUCUCCUGUGUGUGCGAAUGUGUGCGAGUGUGCUUGUCUUUCUGCUGUCAGGUGCUGUGUCUCACCAUGUCUGCAGAACUGAUCAGUCUUCUUUCUGCAAAAUAUGCUUGCUACCACCGGAUCAACCUCUAAAUCUUCUCCCAAUGUGAUAAUCAGGGUUGGACUAGGAACAAAAUUUGGCCCUGGCCAUUUCUGUCUGGACUGGCCGCCUUUUUCCCCAGUUGACAACGGGCAACCCAUCUCUCGGCACACGUAUGCUACAAUCCAUAACUAGAACGACCAAGACGGUCGUUAUGACCGUUUUGGAUUUUCAAACUUUCAUAACUUUGUGGGGAAAAAAAGAUACAGACCUGCUGCUCCCUGAAUGCUCCUAAAACUCCAUAUAUUUGCAUUAAAAGGAGUUUUAGAUCUAUUGCACAAAAAAAGUUUUGAUAAGAUCUACCUAAAACGACCAUGAGUGGUUAAAAAAAUGACCGCACAUAAUAUGCACGUGAUCGUGCGCAUCAUGUCACUAUUUACAAUGUGUGUUGGUCGCAUCAUUUCCUUCGCGAAGUUCAUUGCUCUGUCCUAGCGUUCUCCAGUGCAGAGUAAUAGUCUAAAUUUGAUUUUUGCCAACAUGUCUGGUUACCAGGGGCGAUUCUAAGAUCAAACCUUUAGGGGGGCUCAGCCCCUUAUGAGAAUUACAUGCAUACAGUGCCUUGCAAAAAUGUUCAAUCACCCACGUGUCCCAAUCCCAAAAGUGAAGAAUAGAUUUAUACUCUGUCGCUUCAAUUUUCGAGUGGCAGUGAUACUGUUCAAGCCAUGUUUAGAAUGUUACGAAGAGUCUGUGCUGAGACUUGGAAAAUCCUAUCUGUACAUGUGAAGUACAAGCAACUUGAUACAGCUCAAACUGACUU